AUUAACAUUCCGUCUCUCUCUCUGGUUUUCUCCAAAAACCCUAACUUUUUUUUUCUCCCCGGAGAAAGAAAUUCCAAAUUCCAUGGCUUCUGAAGAAGAUUUCGUUCUUCUCCCUGACGAAGCAAACCCUAGAAAGUUUUCGUUUUUCUUCUCUGUCAAUAGAGAAGAAAGGGGACAAAAUUCUCAAACUGAGAAACGCAAUAGAAUUGAAGAAGAAGAAGAAGAAGAACCCAGUAAUGGAAUCCAAAGAGAAGUGAGAAAUGAAACUCCUUUAUACAAAAAAACAAGGUCCAAUACCACUCCCAGUACUAUCCAUAGUGUACCAGUUGGGGGUUAUUAUAAACCAGAUAACAGAAAAGAUAGAGAAGAAUGGAAUGAUUUAUCAAUUGAGUGUUUGUUAAAUGCAUAUACAGAUAAAUUUCAUAAACUUAAUCGAGGUAUUCUUCGUGGUAGAGAUUGGGAAGAAAUUGCAGCUAUUGUUACUCGGCAUAAUAAAUCAUCUGAAUCAUCACAAAAUGGUGGUGGUGGUGCUAAGAGUGUUGAGCAGUGUAAGAAUAAAGUUGAUAAUAUGAAGAAAAGAUAUAAAGUUGAGUUACAAAGAAUGAAUGCCUGUGGUACUAUUAUUUGUCAAUGGCCUUGGUUUGAAAAAAUUGAACAUAUUUCCACUAAUUUGCCUGCUGCUGUGUCUUCGCCCAAACCAAUUAGGCAAUCUAACAGAUUUCAAGUAUGUUCUCCUCCUAGUGCUGGUGUUGGUUUAAUACAGUUGGCGAAUCCUAGAUGGAAGAGAGUUGUAUUUAAAGUAAGUGGUGCUUCUCUAGUUGGGGAAGGUCCGCACAAAACUGAUCCGAAGGUUACCCUGCUGAUUGCUAGAGAAGUUGCAAGGGCUUGUAGCCUUGGCGUUGAGGUGGCAAUUGUUCUAGGUGGUCGUAACUUCUUUUGUGGAGAUACUUGGGUAGCUGCAACUGGCCUAGAGAGAUCAACAGCAUAUCAAUUAGGGAUGUUGGCAGCGGUGAUGAACUCUGUACUUCUUCGAUCUGCACUGGAGGCGUUGAAUGUCCGGACACGUGUACAAUCUGCAUUUCCAAUGCAACAGGUUACUGAGCCCUAUAACAAACGAAAAGCUAUCCGGCAUCUUGAAAAAGGAAGAGUUGUCAUAUUCGGGGGCGUAGGUGCUGGAACGGGAAACCCACUCUUCACCGCAGAUACCGCAGCAGCUCUGAGAGCAUCCGAAAUUAAUGCUGAGGCUGUACUAAAAGGCACCAAUGUUGAUGGUGUCCAUGAUUGCCAUUCCGAAGACAGCAGCAGUGGGGCUUUUAAACACAUUUCUUACAGGGAGUUGAUCUCCACAGGAGUCACCUCCAUUGAUAUGAUGGCAGUAUCAUUCUGUGAAGAGAACGGAAUUCCUGUUGUUCUCUUUAAUCUUCACGAGCCUGGUAACAUAUCCAAAGCGUUAUGUGGAGAACAAGUUGGCACCUUAAUAGAUCAAUCAGGAACAAUUAGCUGAUCAAAGGUGGAGUAUCAUCAUCUUAUCAAAAAUUGUUUGGUUUGUCAAUAUCACGGAAUUUCACUCUCGUUUUUUGAAGCUCUUGUCAGUAAGGAACCCUUUACCAGGACAUUUUCGGAACCCUUCACCAAGGACAUUUUCCCUCUCCACUGCUUCUCGUUUGUAAUAUCUUUUGUGUAAACUAUCUUUGGUAUAAUUUUGUAACGCUUUCAUGUUAGCGAAAGUAAUCAAGUCUGGAUUAUCUAUUGCUAGAGAUGGUUUCGAGGGUAUGGAGAGCAAAAGGGUUGUAGCGGAUCAUGCUGUUUCGUUUUAAUACUAGUAAAGUUUAAAUUUCGAUA